ACUCACAAGGUUUCUAAAAGAGAGAAGAAAGGGAGAAUUCAGCUAUUAAUAAUCACUGGACUAUUCAAUGCUUGUUUUUUGCUUUUCAGUUUUGGAAGAAAAUAUGGCUCUGGUCAUGCUCAUGGAUUGCAUUUAUGGAUAAUUAGGACAAAUCCCUGGCUUUUCACCUCCUAUUUUUACAACACUUUGCAAUAUCAUGAGGACAGAGCUAUUUUUCUGAAUGCGUGUCAGCAACGUGGGAACGGAUAAGCUGAUAUUUGGAAGAGGGACCACUCUCAUAGUUGAACCAAGACAUCAAAAUAAUUCUGUCCCAGACUUAAUGGUGAUGAAAUCAAAGAAACCAAGUGGCAUUGAGAAAGCAGCCUGUUUGGCGAGGAAUUUCUAUACAAAGAACAUCAGCUUGGAGAUGUCCUCUGAGGCAGUCGUGUAUGAACCGAGUACACCGUUUCUGACAUCAGACGGGUCAUAUGAUGCCAUCAAGGUAGUCAACGUGACAAAGGGCGCAGAGGUAUCCUGCAAGGCCAGACUCAAUGGUGACCUCGUUACAGCUGACCAAACCGAGUCAGAAAAUGAGGCUGAAGAACCUGAAAUAGAGAAAGUCUGCAACACCACUGACACCUCUGAAGCAGCAGAUACCAAAGUGGAGAAGGCAAACAUGUUGUCCAUGGCUGUGUUGGGUUUAAGGGUCCUGCUGGCAAAAAGCAUCGCCUUUAACACCCUCAUGAGUGUCAAGCUGUUUCUUUUCUGAGAGAGCGGGAAAGCGAGGCAACAGCGAACUGAGAGCAGCAGGAGAGAGCGUGAGCCAGCAGCAAGAGGUGUCAAACAGCCAGCAUCAAAUCUUCUGACAACAACCAGAAGGCAACACAGCACCUUCCCCUUCAGGCUUUUUAUCCUUUUGAAUCCUGCCUGGUUGGUUUAUUUAGUUUUAAGAGUUGCAACUGCUUUCGCUCUUUCCUUUUUUUCUGUGAAUGGAGGACACUAUAAUUUCCUUAUUCCCCUGCUGAGUAGAAAUUGGUGUUCCCACUCUUCCCCUUUUUGCAUAGAAGCAUCCAACCUGCUCCAAUGGUUUGAAAAACUCCAGUCCUCAUCAUCAAUAUAAGACCAUUUUAAACCUCCUUUUACAAGCACAUUGCAUGAUGUAUUACUGCUGAGACAAUUCAGGCACAUCUGAUUAUAUUUAGAGCUUUAAUGUUAUUUAGAUAGCUUUAAACCAAAUAAUUUUGUGGUGUAGAGGAGAUCUGUGUUGGAGUUGGAGUCAUUCAGUUCAACCAGGUAAUGUUCAGGCAUAGAGGCAUUCAUUUAUGAAACCUGUAUUUCUUCUGUAUGGCCCCUGCAUUUUAGGUUGUUGUAGUAGUGACCAUAAUAAAAUUUGCUAAGAUGAAA